AUGAGUUCAGAGGUUAAGCAGAUAUUGAAGAGUCUCUGUUUCAGCCAUGGUUGGUCUUAUGCUGUCUUUUGGCGCUAUGAUCCUAUUGAUCCCAUGUUAUUGAGACUUGAAGAAGCCCACAAUGAUGAAAAAUCAGCUGCAGUCGUUGAUGAUAUGAAUCUCCAGGCUCAUAUCUUAGGCCAAGGAUUAGUGGGAGAAGCUGCUUUAACCGGAAACCAUCAAUGGCUCUUCUCAGACACACUGUUUCAGUGUGAGCAUGAGUUUCAGAAUCAAUUUCUCUCUGGCUUUAAGACCAUCGCAAUCAUUCCAGUAGGAUCCAGCGGCGUUGUUCAGUUAGGAUCUACUCAAAAGGUUGUUGAGAGCCGAGAGAUGUUGGACCAAACAAGAAGAGCUGUUGAGGACAUGUGUUUGAAACAACAACAAGAUCAAUCGGUGGAUCUUGAUGCUCUGUUCGAGUCUCUAGUACCACUCGGAGACAGUGAUAAUAUUGUCCCUGAAACUCUUCAAGGACUCAGCUUUGAUGACAUCUUCGCCGACGACAAUCCUCCUUCUUUGCUCAGCCCUGAGAUGAUGAUGGUGGUUUCUUCUGAUAAAACCACCUCUGAAGCACCACUAAACCCUGAUGAUCAAACCAAUAUCGGAGAUGAUUUUGGGUUUGACAUUCUCAACUCUUACUCUCUGGACGACCUCUACCAGCUGCUCGCUGAUUCACCACCACAACAGAAUUGCUCACUAGAUGAUGAUGAUCAUCAUCAGGAGACUUCCAUGGUGAUCCAAGGAAACGACAAGGAUCUAUUCGACAUGUUGGGGAUCACUUCUGAAGAUUCUUCGUCGGCUAGCCAUGAAGGAUUUGGUGCAAUGCCGCCUAAAGGACUCUUCUCUGAGCUCAUAAGCACUAGUCUCAGCAACAGCAACAGCACUUGUACUUCUCUCCCAAAUGUGCAACAACAAGACUAUUACUCUGGUCUGAAUCAGAGCAAAAGACGGAAACUUGAGUCCUCAUCAGCGCAUAGCUCAUCAAGCUUCUUUCCACAGAUGAUGUAUGAGGAGGAGAGAGAGAGAGUAAGAGCUCCUCCUCUCAACAAUGAUCCGCAGAGGAGUUUGUGGAUUGAUGAGGAGAGAUCGAGCGUUGGAGGGAACUGGAAGAAGCCGCAUGAAGAAGGUGUGAAGAAGAAAAGAGCAAAAGCAGGAGAAAGCAGGAGGCCGAGGCCUAAGGACCGUCAGAUGAUACAAGACCGUAUUAAGGAGCUACGAGGGAUGAUUCCAAAUGGAUCAAAGUGUAGCAUUGACACGCUGCUUGAUCUGACGAUAAGACACAUGGUGUUCAUGCAAAGCGUAGCCAAGUACGCAGACAAACUCAAACAACCAUACGAGCCUAAGCUGGUGAAGGAGAAAGAGAGAACAUGGGCGGUGGAAGUGGGGGACGGUGAUGAGCCGGUGGCAUGUCCGAUCAUCGUAGAGGAAAUGAAGCCGCAAGGGCUAGUGCAGAUAGAGAUGAUGAUGGAGAGUGGGGAUCAGUUUCUUGAGAUUGCAGAUGUUGUGAGAGAGACACGCUACACCUCACCGUUAUCGUCUCGGAGAUGGGGAUUCCCUUCGCCGCCAAGCUCCGUUUCCGGUCGAUGUUUCGAUCGGCGAUUGACUCCUACUGCUUCGCUCGUGAGGCCUUCUCCGAUCCAAUCUCCUUCAGCGUUCUGUAACCCCAUCCCGCUUCUCCCUCGAUCUCCUCCUUCUUUCUCCUCUUGUCUUCUCCUUCUCCUUCUGCUACCGGAAUUCUAG